CUCUCAUUCGUUUACUUACAGCCCGGCCGAAAUCUCUGAUGCAUUAACCAUCUUCUUAAAGGCACACACGCAGACACACACACACACACACACAUGCCAGAAGGUCCACAUACAUAUCGGCCACAUGUCUAUAGCACGUAUCGAGCCAUACACACAUACGGCCUGCAUCCACACCAUACCAUCCUCCAUCAGCAGCCAUAUCAGACUGCCCAAUCAAUCGCCCAUAGCCAUAGCCAUAUCUCUAUCUCUAUCUCUAGCUACUCUAGCCAUCUUGCCUCAAUGGGCUCGCUCGUAUUGUCUGUCUGUCCAUCAGACGAGGUAGUUCAAGAGCUCCAUAGCGUCGAAAUCUCUAACGGUGCGCUGCUGGCCAAACACGCUCUUCAUCCACAGCAGCAUCGGCCCUUCUUUAUCAGCUACUGUAGGGCUAUCACGCCCCCCCCCCGCCCCCAUCUGCUGUGCUGCAGGGGAUGCCGAGAAGAUGGCCGACGGGGGAGACGCGAACAUCGCCCGCCGCUGCGCAUCCAGCCGACGCUCAGACAUGGUCGAGUGAUGAGAGUGCAGGCGGCUCGUGUUGGCCUCCAGCUGCAGCAUGUUGGUCGCAUUGCUGGUGGGUGACAGCGACAGGUCCUGUUCGUCUUCGUGUGGGGCAGUAUCCUCCUCCGACUGAUGAUGGCCGACAACGCCGCGGAGGAACAGGCUGGUCUUAGUCACGUUGGGGGCCGUUGCUGCCGGGCUGAUCGUGGUGUAUGUUGUGUCGUUGGCCAUUGGGAUGGAUGUGGCUGUGGGUGUGGGAGUGGGAGUGGGAGUGGGAGUGGGUGUGGGGGGCGGUCGUGUGCCGAAGAGCCACCCCCACCAGGUGCGACGAGGGGGCUUUGUCGUACUAGUUGCCAUGGUUGUGUUGGUCGUGUUGGCGGACACGCUGGCUGCUGGGGCGGCUGGAGGGGCCGUCGUGGGGCCGUCGUUGGAUGGGGGGAGGGUGGCUUUGUGCUUGUCGCCUUUCUUGUGCGUGGUGUGUUGCAGGAUGGGGGCCUGCUGAGCCAUAGGCUGGCUGCCGUCUUGCUCUCCAGGCCUUGCUGGUGCGGGGACAGGGACAGGUUCAGGAACUUGCCCGCUGCCUGCUGGUGGCUGCUCCUGCUGCUCGUGUUGGUGGUCAUUGGCUGUGGUGGUCUGCUCGUGCUCGGUGGUGGUUUCGGUGCUAAUUGUCGUCUUGACGGUGACCCCCGGGCCGUGGACGGUCUUGCUGCCCUGCUGGGAAUGAGUGUGGUUGCCGACGAUGGUCACGUACGUCACGGUGUGGACGUCCGUGCCGCCCCCGUGCGACUCGCUGGUGAUCAACGUCUCGUUGCGCGUCGUCACCGACGAGUGGUUGCUGUUGGUGUCGAUGGGCACAGAGGAGGAGCUAGUAGAAGUGGUCGUGCUCGUAGGAGUAGGUGUCUUGGUAUGGGGCUUGGCGUGGCCGCCGGCAGCCACCACUGGCCAAGGGGUCGCGAUCGCCCCGGGCGAAGUGGUCGGCGGCAGUAUGGUGACAUUUGGCGGGAAGGUGGGCAUCGCUCCCCCGACGCCACUGACUGCAGGGAGCGGCCCGUCCGAUGCCAUGUCGGUCGGCGGCACGAUGGCGGGAAUGGGGGCGCCGGCGGGCCCGUGGGCUGAGAGGGUCAUGUUGACGAUCUGUGGGAAGAGGCUGGACACGUUGUAGACGGAGCGGCCGGGGAGGCUGGUGGACGACGGCUCGAUGGCUGCCUGCGACAGGUUGAUGUUCCUGCCGGUGCUGGGGCUGGUGCUGGUGCUGCUGCUUGUGCUGUUCUCGCGUGUGUGCUGGUUGAGGCCGCCUUGCGAGUGUCCCACGGCGAGCAGCGAGUGAACCAGGCCGCCGCCCUUGCCCUUCGCCCCAGUCUUCUUCUUGUAUCCCGACGGCCCCAUGACGAUCACAUGCUCCGUAGUCCCCCCACCCCCACUGCCACUGCCACUGCCGCUCCCGCUCUCAGUAUCGGCGGACCGCAUCCUAGAAGGCGCUGGUGCUGUUGUGGUGGUAGUACAUCUCGCACAUUGCCCCUUGGGCCUCAGCGUCACCCUGGCCGUCCCGCCCUCGGCACUGGGGGUGGUAGUAGGCUUGGUGGGGCUGGUGGCCACCACCAGCGACUUACGGACCUUGGGGCGCCUCAGCUUCGGCUUGGUGGCGAAUGGCAGAGCGAUGGGGUUGGAGCGGCGAGAGCGACGUGCUCGACGCCGGAUGGCGGCUGCUGUCGCUGCCGCUACUGGUAGCACUCCUUCAGCAGCGGUAGCACUAGCGGGAUGGCCGUCACGGUACGAAGAAUCUUCAGGAAUGGCCGUUGUUGUCACAUCCGCGGUCGAUGUGGAAUUCGAUGUGGGUGUGUCCGUCUGGGCGACCUUGACGACUGACGCCUUGCUCACCACGAUGCCCCCCUGCGUCUGAUCCUCCUCUGUGGGCUCACUCGCACCGUGCUGCUCCGGGGAUGCUGCUUCUGUUGGUAUGGCUGUGGUUGGGGUGGUGGACGAGCUGUUGCUGCUGCUGUCGGUGGCGUGCGACUCGAGCUCGGGGUUGUUGGUGCAUGGGAAGGCCCCCAUCGGCAGGGGGCUGGUGGUCGGUGCGGCGCUCUCACUGGCGGAAGACUGAUGGAUGCAAGGAUGAGCAGCGGGGACAAUUGGUGGUCUUUUCUCUGCGUGUGGGUGGGGUGGGUAGGUUGGUGCGGGUGCGUCCUUUGCUCACCGAUUUGGUGUCCUUCUUGACGCAGGCGAGUUUGCAGAAGGAUGAUGUGGUGACCGGGCACAUGAGUGCACCCACGCUGCCGUGGCAGGAGGAAUCCUUGGGCGGUGUGAACUCGGGCGCGGUGGCCGCCAGGUAGUCGAUGUUCCCCUUUUGCAGGUCGCAAAACGGCUGCAGCAAGCAAUAAAGCAAGGAGGGGCAAAAGGAAACCACACACAGAUAGAUACCGAUGUGCGUGUGUGUGUUUCCUCCCCGCCCCGCCAUCCCACCCCACUGGUCACCUUGGAGUACAUGCUGCGGACGCAUUGGGAGCCUUUGGUGCCCUUGGUCGAACCUGACAGCACGAAACAACACAACACAACACAACACAGCACGCGGAAAUGAACAAGACAGAUCACAUCAGAUAUAUCCCCAGCCGCGUACCUCCUCCCUUCGCCCACAGGCAGUUCUGGCUACACGAGCAUUUCGUAUACUCCGACUCCGACAACAUCCUCACACCCCGCCCCAGGCUGCGGAACGACACACCUCCCUCCCCGCCAUCUGAACCACCACCACUCGUCAGCCCCGCCGAUGGUGUGGAUGAGGGUGUAGGUGUGGCGGCUCGUGGGUUGCGCCAACGGGGACUAUUGAAGCCGCGGCUCAGGACGAGCUCGGCCAGGAGGCUGAUGGACCAACACAACACACAGAGAUCCGUUCAUGGCUGGAUCUCGUGGUGAUUCCAUCCAUCCAUCCAUCCAUCCAUCCAUCCAUUCACUGACCUGAGUCCGCUCCAUGACCAUGGGAAGUGCAGGGGAGAGUAGAAGCCGUACGCCGGCGGCUGCAGCACCUUGCGGCGCGUCGACGAACCGCCCUCCAGCAGGGACGUUCCGACGCAUCCGCUCGUCGUCGAAUUGGCAACACACUGGUGGGCAUCUGACGGCGGCGAUAGAUGGCCGUGGCCGUCUGCCUGAUCAGAGGGCGGCGAAUAAGCUUUGAUGCGGCCCGGCCCGGUGGUCAGCAGAAAACCCACCAGCAACAGACGGGAGAUCUCGCCGAAGGCGCCAGAAGAUCGGAGGUGCAUUCCCGUGCCGCUCAUAUCAGUGCGUAUCUGCUGGUCUCAGGCUGCCUUGUCAUCCGUCGUGAAAGGAU